CCUGGGCGCCCGCGGGAAAUUUGGCGGGAACCGCGCCCGCCCCUUCCUCCCUUUCUUCUUCCUUCCUUGCUUUCGCCGCGCACUCCGCCGCCAUGGAGCAGCGCCGCGUCACCGACUUCUUUGCGCGCCGCCGCCCCGGGCCCGGCAUCGUGCUGCCCAAGCUGGCCUGCCGCACCCCCAGCCCCGCCAGACCCGCACUCCGCGCCCCGGACUCCGCCACCAGCGGCAGCCGCAAGCGCGCCCGCCCGCCCGCCGCCCCCGGACGCGACCAGGCCAGGCCGCCGGCCCGCCGGAGGCUGCGGCUGUCGGCGGACGCGGUUUCCAGCCCCAGUUCCCCCGAGACCCCUGACUCCUCCGAGGCCCCUGACUCCCUCGAGGCCCCAGACAUCCCAGCCUGCCCUUCUCUGGGCCAGAAGAUAAAGAAAUCCAUCCCGGCAGCAAAUCAGCCACCCCAGCUGACGUCCUCGCAGAACCAGGACACCAUCUCUGAGCUUGCGUCAUGCCUCCAACGGGCCCGGGAGCUGGGGGCAAGAGUCCGAGUGCUGAAGUCCAGUGCCCAGGAUGCUGGGGAGUCCUUUACCCCAGAGGCCAAGGGCCGCCCUGAGGAGCCAUGUGGUGAGAAGGCGCCCGCCUACCAGCGCUUCCAUGCCCUGGCCCAGCCUGGCCCACCGGGGCUCGUGCUGCCCUACAAGUACCAGGUGCUGGCGGAGAUGUUCCGCAGCAUGGACACCAUUGUGGGCAUGCUCCACAACCGCUCUGAGACGCCCACCUUUGCCAAGGUCCAGCGGGGCGUGCAGGACAUGAUGCGCAGGCGUUUUGAGGAGCGUAAUGUUGGCCAGAUCAAAACCGUGUACCCGGCCUCCUACUGCUUCCGCCAGGAGCGCGGUGUCCCCACCUUCAAGGAUGGUGUUAAGAGGUCAGAUUACCAGCUCACCAUCGAGCCACUGCUGGAGCAGGGUAGGUGCUGGGUGCAAGACCUUGGUUUCCCCAUCUGUGACCCACACACUUUCUGGGGUGGGUGUGAGGUGCUGGGCGGCCUGGCCUGGACUCAGGCCUGGACUCGUCCCACAGAGGCUGAUGGAGCAGCCCCUCAGCUCACGGCCUCGCGCCUCCUGCAGCGACGGCAGAUCUUCAGCCAGAAGCUGGUGGAGCACGUCAAGGAGCACCACAAGGCCUUCCUGGCCUCCCUGAGGCCCCCCAUGGUGGUGCCGGAGGACCAGCUGACCCGCUGGCACCCACGCUUCAACGUGGAUGAAGUGCCCGACAUCGAGCCAGCUGUGCUGCCCCAGCCACCCGCCACGGAGAAACUCACCACUGCUCAGGAGGUGCUGGCCCGGGCCCGCAGCCUGAUGUCACCCAGGAUGGAGAAGGCCUUGAGUCAAUUGGCCCUGCGCUCUGCUGAGCCCAGCAGCCCCGGGCCCCCCAGGCCAGCACUGCCGGAUACCCCACCAGCCACCCCGCCUGCAGCCUCUCCCAGCGCUCUGAAGGGGGUGUCCCAGGAUCUGCUGGAGCGGGUCCGAGCCAAGGAGGCACAGAAGCAGCUGGCACAGAUGACACGGUGCCCGGAGCAAGAGCAGCGGCUGCAGCGCCUAGAACGGCUGCCUGAGCUGGCCCGCGUGCUGCGGAGCGUCUUUGUGUCCGAACGCAAGCCUGCGCUCAGCAUGGAGGUGGCCUGUGCCAGGAUGGUGGGCAGCUGUCGCACUGCCAUGAGCCCCGGGGAGAUGGAGAAACACCUGCUGCUCCUCUCCGAGCUCCUGCCAGACUGGCUCAGCCUUCACCACAUUCGCACCGACACCUACGUCAAGCUGGACAAGGCCGCGGACCUGGCCAGCAUCACUGCACGCCUGGCCCGCCAGGCCCACGCUGAAGAGGGGCUGUGAGCUUGGGGGCCACUGGACAGAUGGGGGCUUCAGGCUCACUGGCCUGGGGCUGCCAGCAUUUUCUUUUAUGAACAUGAUGCACUUUACUUUUCCUUUCCGGAGUGCCCCUGAGGGCCAGAGGCAGAGCUGGGCUGCAGGCUGCACAGCCCGAGGGUCUUUGGCUGCAGGUGGUGGCCCCUGCAUGGGGCUCACCUGGUGGAUUCACAUUAAACCGGUUUCUGUGGGCA